ACGUUGUGCCCUUGGGGGGAGGGGGGUGACAUAUAAAAUCAUCCUUCAACACACAGCAGGUGCAAGAACCUCCUAGAAGCGGCUGUCUGAUAAGAAGGACUCCUACGUUCUGACUUCAUCAUCAUGACUCUGUUUCCAUAUCUGCUGCUGUUCAUAUCUGUCCUAUCACUCACCAGGGCACAAACAGCAUCUCCAUUAACAACAUCUGCACAAACAGCAUCUCCAUCAACAACAUCUGCAUCAACAACAACACCUCCAUCAACAACAUCUGCAUCAACAACAACACCUCCAUCAACAACAACUGCAUCAACAUCAACAUCUCCAUCAACAACACUGGCAGCAGCAUUGGCGAUGUUCUAUCCAUUCGGCUCGGCGGCAGGAGACACAGAACAAUUUACUAAUUACAAUGAAAGCUAUGAUUAUGUUGCCUUCUCCACUCCAUUUUCUUUCUUUGGCCGCACGUACAACCACACAUAUGUUAAUAAUAACGGACUCCUUACGUUUAACCAACCUUCACCAGAAGCUCAACCUUCCUCUUUUCCCACAAAUGGAACUAAAGAUUACAUUGCUCCGCUCUGGACUAACCUUAAUGACUUUGGGAUGGGCGUUUAUUCAUAUCACCAGUACACAAACGGAAGUGUCCUCACUCGCGCCACUCAGGAUAUAAACUGGUAUUUCCCUCAGAGGGCUUUCACUGCUUCUUGGGUCUUUGUUGCAACGUGGGACUUUGUUCAAACACGGAAUACAAGUGUAUUUAAUCUUCACUCAGCACCGGCAAUCACAUUUCAAGUGGUUUUAAUUUCAGGAGGUGGUUUUUCUUUCAUUCUGAUGAAUUAUGGAGACUGUGUUGCCAUAUCUUCUCCAGUGGAGGCUGGAUAUGACACUGUAAACUCCACAGACUUCUUUCGAAUUCAUUAUUCAACUAAUGGCAGCUCCAUCCCAAUCCUCAAGAACACGACUAACGUAAACAUUCCGGGUCGCUGGGCCUUCCUUGUGAACCGUGGAUCAGCACCAGAAAUAUUCUACCCGUUCGGCUCAUCAGAAGACACAAGAAAUACUGCUGUUGAUGAUGGAGGCUCUUCUGUUAUUCAGCUGUCGAGUCCAUUUCUGUUCUUUGGUCGCACAUACCGGCAGAUUUAUGUUAAUAAUAAUGGACACCUCACAUUCACCCAGCCUUCAUCACAAUAUGUCCCCUACUCCUUUCCUGCUAAUGGAAACCAAGAUAUAAUUGCUGGUCUCUGGACUGACCUUGACAACCGUGAGAGGGGUGUCAUUUCAUAUCGUCAAUACACCAGUGGAAAUGUUCUCACUCAUGCCACUCAGGAUAUAAACACACAUUUCCCAAAUCUGACCUUCACCGCUUCUUGGGUCUUUGUUGCAACUUGGGAUAAAGUUGCUUACUUCAGCUUAACCAACACAGAAACAUCGUUUCAAGUGGUUUUAAUUUCAGGCCGUAAUUAUUCAUUUAUUCUGAUGAAUUAUGGUGACAUUGCUGUAACUGGACAUCCGGUGCAGGCUGGUUAUGACACAGCAAACACCAUGGAAUACUUUGUGAUUCCUGGAUCAAUCAAUGGCAGCUCCAUCUCAAACCUCAGGAACUCCAGUAAUGUCAAUGUUCCCGGUCGAUGGGCCUUCAGGGUGGACAGUGGAUCAAAGUCACACAAAGAGUACAUCAUUGGACUUCAAGCAAAACUUUCCUCAUUUUCUGACCUAACAGAUACUGGAAACCUUCAGACAGUUUUACAGCAAAUAAAACAGGAGCUGGUCAAGUACGGUCUGCCAAACGUCGAAUUGACGUUAAGAAAAGUACAAAAAAUAAAGCCAUAAUGUCAGUCUGAUUCGUUCUUUUUCUUUUUCUUUCUUUCUUUUUACUUAUUUAAAUAGCACAUUUAACACAACUUGAGGUUGACCAAAGUGCUUUACAUGGUCUACUGCUGGGUUGAGGACAUAAUCAAUCGUGGAGAAAAUAGUUAUUGUGCAAUGGGAGAUGUUGUUAAUAAUUUCAGACAAAUACUUAGAUUUUGCUGACUUCACAGCUUUCUGAAAAUUAGAGAGAGACCCUCACAAGAUCAUAGGAAAUCUGCAAUUUUUUUCAUAUGGACAAUCUUUUCAAGUUUUUCAAAUCAAUCUUCCGCACUAGGUUUCUUUGGAUGUUCAUGAUAUUUCUACAAUGUGACCAACAUUUGUGAACAGAUCUGUUAUUUAAGUUGAAUCCUUUUAUUAAAAACAAUCAUA